AUGCAGCUGUGGAGACAAGAGCCAGACAAUACUGGAGUACUUUUAUUACUUUCAUCUCUACACUUCCAGUGUCGAAGGCUGGACAGAUCUGCCCACUUUAGUACUCUGGCAAUUAAACAGAACCCUCUUCUGGCAGAAGCCUAUUCGAAUUUGGGGAAUGUGUAUAAGGAAAGAGGGCAGUUGCAGGAAGCAAUUGAGCAUUACCGGCAUGCAUUGCAUCUCAAACCAGAUUUCAUCGAUGGUUAUAUUAAACUGGCAGCCGCUUUGGUAGCAGCAGGUGACAUGGAAGGGGCAGUACAAGCUUACGUCUCUGCUCUUCAGUGCAAUCCUGAUUUGUACUGUGUUCGCAGUGACCUGGGGAACCUGCUCAAAGCCCUGGGUCGCUUGGAAGGAGCCAAGGCAUGUUAUUUGAAAGCAAUGGAGACGCAACCGAACUUUGCAGUAGCUUGGAGUAAUCUUGGCUGUGUUUUCAAUGCACAAGGGGAGAUUUGGCUUGCAAUUUAUCACUUUGAAAAGGCUGUCACGCUUGACCCCAAUUUUCUGGAUGCUUAUAUCAAUUUAGGAAAUGUCUUGAAAGAGGCACGGAUUUUUGACAGAGCUGUGGCAGCUUACCUUUGUGCCCUAAGCUUGAGCCCAAAUCAUGCAGUGGUACGUGCCAACCUGGCUUGUGUAUACUAUGAGCAAGGCCUGAUAGAUCUGGCAAUAGACACCUACAGGCGAGCUAUUGAAUUGCAACCACAUUUCCCUGAUGCUUACUGCAACCUAGCCAACGCUCUGGAAGAGAAGGGCAGUGUUGCCGAAGCAGAAGAUUGUUAUAAUACAGCUCUGCGGCUGUGUCCCACCCAUGCAGACUCUGUGAGUAACCUAGCCAAUAUCAAAGGAGACCAGGGAAACUUUGAAAAGGCAGUUCGCUUGUAUUGUAAAGCAUUAGAAGUCUUCCCAGAGUUUGCUGUUGCCCAUUCAAAUUUAGCAAGUGUAUUGCAGCAGCAGGGAAAACUGCAGGAAGCUCUGAUGCAUUAUAAGGAGGCUGUUCGAAUCAGUCCUACCUUUGCUGAUGCCUACUGUAACAUGGGAGACAUUCUAAAGGAGAUGCAGGAUGUUCAGGGAGCCUUGCAGUGUUAUACUCGUGCCAUUCAGAUUAACCCUGCACUUGCGGAUGCCCACAGCAAUCUGGCUUCCAUUCACAAGUAUUCAGGGAAUAUUCCAGAAGCAAUUGCUUCUUAUCGCACUGCUCUGAAGCUUGAACCUGAUUUUCCUGACGCUUAUUGUGAUUUGGCUCAUUGCCUGCAGAUUGUCUGUGAUUGGACAGACUAUGAUGAGCGAAUGAAGAAGUUGGUCAGCAUUGUGGCUGACGAGCUGGAGAAGAAUAGGUUGCCUUCUGUGCAGCCUCAUCAUAGUAUGCUCUAUCCUCUUUCUCAUGGCUUCAGGAAGGCUAUUGCUGAGAGCCAUGGGAACCUCUGCUUGGAUGAGAUCGGUGUCCUUCAUAAACCACCGUACGAACAUCCAAAAGACUUGAAGCUCAGUGAUGGUCGACUGCGUGUAGGAUACGUGAGUUCUGACUUUGGGAAUCAUCCUACUUCUCAUCUUAUGCAGUCUAUUCCAGGCAUGCACAAUCCUGAUAAAUUUGAGGUAUUCUGUUAUGCCCUGAGCCCAGAUGAUGGCACAAACUUCCGAGCGAAGGUGAUGGCAGAAGCCCAUCAUUUCAUUGAUCUUUCUCAGAUUCCAUGCAAUGGGAAAGCAGCUGAUCGCAUCCAUCAAGAUGCUCCUAUUCAGGCAAUGUGGCUGGGCUACCCUGGGACCAGUGGCGUGCUUUUCAUGGAUUAUAUCAUCACUGAUCAGGAAACUUCACCUGCUGAAGUUGCUGAGCAGUAUUCUGAGAAACUGGCUUAUAUGCCCCAUACUUCCUUUAUUGGUGAUCAUGCUAAUAUGUUCCCUUACCUGAAGAAGAAAGCAGUCAUCGAUUUUCAAUCCAAAGGGCACAUUUAUGACAAUCGGAUUGUGCUGAAUGGCAUCGACCUCAAAGCAUUUCUUGAUAGUCUCCCAGAUGUGCAGAUUGUCAAGAUGAAAUGUCCUGAUGGAGGAGACAACGCAGACAGCAGUAAUACAGCUCUUAAUAUGCCUGUCAUUCCUAUGAAUACUAUUGCAGAGGCAGUUAUUGAAAUGAUUAACAGAGGACAAAUUCAGAUAACAAUUAAUGGAUUCAGUCUUAGCAAUGGACUGGCAACUACCCAGAUCAACAUUAAGGCUGCCACUGGAGAGGAGGUUCCCCGUACCAUUAUUGUAACCACACGUUCUCAGUACGGGUUACCGGAAGAUGCCAUUGUGUACUGUAACUUUAAUCAGUUAUAUAAAAUUGACCCAUCUACUUUGCAGAUGUGGGCAAAUAUUCUGAAGCGUGUUCCCAAUAGGGUACUGUGGCUGUUGCGUUUUCCAGCAGUAGGAGGACCUAAUAUUCAACAGUAUGCACAAAAUAUGGGCCUUCCCCAGAACCGUAUCAUUUUUUCACCUGUUGCUCCUAAAGAGGAACAUGUUCGGAGAGGCCAGCUGGCUGAUGUCUGCUUGGACACUCCACUCUGUAAUGGACACACCACAGGGAUGGAUGUCCUUUGGUCAGGGACACCCAUAGUGACUAUGCCAGGAGAGACUCUUGCUUCCCGAGUUGCAGCUUCCCAGCUCACUUGUUUAGGCUGUCUUGAGCUUAUUGCUAAAAAUAGACAAGAAUAUGAAGACAUAGCUGUGAAACUGGGAACUGAUCUAGAACACCUGAAGAAACUUUGUGGCAAAGUCUGGAAGCAGAGAACAUCUAGCCCUCUGUUCAACACCAAACAAUACACAGUGGACCUAGAGCGGCUCUAUCUACAGAUGUGGGAGCAUUACGCAGCUGGCAACAAACCUGACCACAUGAUUAAGCCUGUUGAAGUCACUGAGUCGGCCUAA